CGUAGGUGGGUGGGGGUCACAGUCCCUCCCCUGGGUCCUGGCGUUGGGGAUGAGAGGGCAAAGCUUUGGCGAGGAAAUCGGCUCAGUCAAGGUUUGGAAUGAGCAGGCAGGAGGCUUGGGGACCUUCCAGGGGGAUCGUAGGACGAGAAGAAUAUUCUUUCUGGUUGUGAUGCGUGUGUACGUGUAUGUGUGUGCUGGGGUUGAGGGUGUUUAUGGGGCGAGGUGUGCAAAGGAUUCUGGAGAGCUGGUGCUUGUGUGGGAGUUGUGUGGAGUCAUGGGUGUGUGGGUGGAGUAGGGCAGGGGUGCCUGGGCCUGAUGAGUGGGGCAGGCAUGCCAGAGGUCAUGAGAAUAGGAGAGAGUGCUGGGGUGCAUGUGUGUGUGUGUGCACAGGUGUCUGUGGUUUGUGAUGCAGUGGGGAGUAGGGUUGUGCACGCAGUCAAUUGGGAUAAAUGUAUAAGAAGGUUGGGGGCCUGAAAGGGGUGUUUUCUGGGAGCUGAUGUUUUGGGGCAAAUAUACAAGAAGUCCUUUGGGAGAUGAAUGUGUGGAGGUGGAGGCUGGGCUUUCCUAGAUGGGGCUGUGUGGCAGCGGACUUCGGGGGGCAGGUCUAGGAGACAGAGGAUGGGGAAUGUAGACUAGAAUGAAGUUCCAGGCAGCACUGGGGGUAGGGGAUGGGAGGGGUGCAUGGGCCUGGAUAGGUGGUCACAGGGUAUCAACCUGGGAUGGAUAUUGGGGGUGUUCAUGGGGCAGGAAACCCCUCCUGGAGUUUCCCCAAAGCCAUGGACAGCUCUAGUCUUCGUGAGCUUCAGCAGCCUCUGCUGGAGGGCACAGAAUGUGAGACCCCUGCCCAGAAGCCUGGCAGGCAUGAGCUGGGGUCCCCCUUAAGAGAGAUAGCCUUUGCCGAGUCCCUGCGGGGUUUGCAGUUCCUGUCACCGCCUCUUCCCUCCGUGAGCGCUGGCCUAGGGGAACCAAGGCCCCCUGAUGUUGAGGACAUGUCAUCCAGUGACAGUGACUCGGACUGGGAUGGUGGCAGCCGUCUUUCACCAUUUCUACCCCACGACCACCUCGGCUUGGCUGUCUUCUCCAUGCUGUGUUGUUUCUGGCCCGUGGGCAUCGCUGCCUUCUGUCUAGCCCAGAAGACCAACAAGGCUUGGGCCAAGGGGGACAUCCAGGGGGCAGGGGCCGCCUCCCGCCGUGCCUUCCUGCUGGGGGUCCUCGCCGUCGGGCUGGGCGUGUGCACAUAUGCGGCUGCCCUGGUGACCCUGGCCGCCUACCUUGCCUCCCGAGACCCGCCCUAGUUGCCCCUACAGCCCUCACUGUGAACCCUGAGGCCAGCAAAUCUGUGGGCAGAGUGGAGAAUCUUGGUGGAUGAGGCUGCGGCGGCGGCAGGAGCAUCUAGAAACGGGAGCGAGCUGGACUGGAACCCCUCCCCUUCCUGGCCACUCCGCUCUUCGGGCAGCAGCAACGUGAGAUUAAACACCAGACACCCUUGCAGCCAAACCAGAGUCUGUUCGCAUGUGUGGGAGGAUGCAAGGGGGUGGGGGUGCUUGAGACCAACAGGGGACUGACUGGUCAGGGUGACGGGCUGUGGUGGGCAUCCCCAGAGUGCUUGCUCCCUGAGACCUGAGCUGAAAAAGGGGGACGAGGAUUUUGGCGUUUUUUUUUAGACAGAUGGUCUCCCUGUUGCCCAGGCUGGAGUACUGUGGCACAAUCAUGGCUCACUGCAGCCUUGAACUCCUGGGCUUAAGCAAUCGUCCUGAUUGAGCCCAGGAGCCUCCCAAGUAGCUGGGACUACGGGUACCUGCCACCACACUCAGCUAAUUAAAAAAAUUUUUUUGUAAACACAAGGUAUUGCUAUAUUGCCCAGGCUGGUCUGAAACUCCUGGGCUCAACUGAUCUUCCCGCCUCGGCCUCCCAAAGAGCUGAGAUUACAGGCAUGAGCGACCAUGCCUAGCGGUUUCUAAACAGCAGGAUGUUCUCAUCCCAAUAUGGGUGGUUAGCAGAGAACUGGAGAGAGCUGAGUUCCAAGUCCUUACUCCUCUACCUGUUAGCUGUGUAAGCUUGGCCCAAGUGACUUCUCACUUUUUCUCCUCUGCAAAAUGGUACUUUCUGCACACCUCAGGCUGUAGUGGGGAUUAAAUGCAUCAUAUGUGGAAAUGACUGUCUGCUGUUGCUGUCUCCCUCUGAGCUUUUUUUUUUUCUUUUCUUUUUUUUGAGACAGGAUCUCCCUCUGUCACCCAGACUGGAGUGCAGUGGCCCGAUCUUGGCUCACUGCAGCCUUGACCUUCCAGGCUCAAGUGAUCCUCCCACCUCAGCCUCGCAAGG